GAAACGGGAGUAUUGACGUCAAGGACAAAAAAUGUAAACACUGUCUUUAUCAUAAUGAUCAAAACGAAACUGUAAAAAAUGUUGAAAUUAGUGACAACAACCAGUAUAUCAUUGUUUUUGUGCAUCAUCGCUGUAAUGAAAGGACGUUACAUAUAAUGUAGCUCCGACAAAGCCGAAGCAUGUGUCUAAAAUGGUUUUGUUUUAUUGCAAUCGCCACAUCUACUGUAAAUGUUGACGCAAUAUGGAUAUUGCCACGUAUAUGCUGGUUUCAGGGAGAUUGUUGUCCCGAAACGUGGAUUCCCGAAAAUUCAAAUGUUUCAGGACUAUUCAACCGUUUACAAGAUAAGGUAUACGGUCAACAUAUUGUUUUAAAAGCUGUCAAACGUUACAUAAAGGUCCAUAUGACCGACAAAGAUCCUUCUAAGGCAGUAUUGUUAGCAAUGCAUGGAGGAACAGGCACCGGAAAGAGUUACAUAAGUUCUAUCAUUGCCGAGAGUAUAUACCAAAAAGGAAUGAAAAGUAAAUUUGUUCACUUCCUUUCAGCAACCAUCCAUUUUCCUCACAAGAAUGACAUAAAGCAAUAUCAGGAUUACCUGAGAAAACUUAUGGAGACAAGUGUGAAGAACUGUGAGAGAUCUAUGUUUAUAUUUGAUGAGAUAGAUAAGAUGCCACCAGAUCUGAUCGAUACUAUAAUACCGUACUUGAAUUAUUAUGAUAAUCAUAGUGGUAUAAACUAUAGGAAAGCUAUCUUCAUUUUCUUAAGUAAUACAGCGGGAAGAGAUAUACAACAGCAAACAUUAAAUUUCUGGCAUGAAGGGAAAGAAAGAGAUUCAAUAGAACUAAAGGAUAUGAAAAAGUUAAUUACAACCUCAGCUUUUAAUACAAAAGAAAGUAGUUUGUAUCACAGUGAUGUAUUAAUACACCAUGUGAUUACCGCCUAUAUUCCAUUCCUACCAUUAGAAAGGAAGCAUAUCCGUCAGUGUAUUAAAGACUAUUUAUUGCUCAAGAAAUAUUACAAAAAUUGUGAGGAUAUUAAGGAUGAAAAAGUGCGAGAGAUUGAAGAACAAUUACAGUAUUCUCCUGAAGAAGAACAACUUUUUUCGACAACAGGAUGUAAAAGGGUGCCAGAAAAGACUAUUUAUGUUAUGGAAGAGGACUGAUAAAAAUAAUAAACUGAUGGUACAUAAUAACAACUGUUGAUAUGUUAGUUUAAUGCUUUAUUUGAUUAUGUAUAAGUGCUGAUAUCAUGUGUGUUUUGAGCUAUAAUAGGGAGCAAAGUGUCAGUUGCCAUUGUAACAUUUUGUAGAAUAUUUUUGAACUAGCAACAAACAUGACAAAUACUUCGACUGGUAUUGUUUCUGGCAGAGGCAUUUUCUUUGAUUACCUUAA